UAAUGCUCGACCUUCACUCUUUCUAUUUCUUACCGUGUAAACACGAGGCAAAAAGUAAGGCUUUUGCCGCUUUCACCUUUGUGCAGCGAGUGUAGAACCUUACAUACUACGGGAAAAUGGAAGUUGAUGGUGCCGGUGAGCGCUGGAAUCUACAGGAUGACCUGUCUGUGGACGACCCAGAGAUGCAUGCACUGAUUAAGGCAGAGAAAAGACGCCAGAUGUGUGGUCUGGAACUCAUUGCCUCCGAGAACUUUGCCAGCAAGGCUGUGUUGCAGGCCCAAGGUUCAUGCCUGAAUAACAAAUAUUCUGAGGGACUGCCAGGACAAAGAUACUAUGGUGGUAAUGAAAUUAUUGACAAAGUGGAGCGUCUCUGCCAGAAACGUGCAUUAGAAGCAUUUGGCUUGAAACCUGAGGAAUGGGGAGUCAAUGUCCAACCUCUCUCAGGGUCCCCAGCCAACUUUGCAGUGUAUACAGCUCUGGUGGAACCCCAUGGAAGAAUCAUGGGUCUUGACUUACCAGAUGGAGGCCAUCUCAGUCAUGGUUUUAUGACCUCAUCAAAGAAGAUAUCUGCCACUUCUAUUUUCUUUGAAUCUAUGCCUUACAAAGUUGACCCAGUCACCGGGCUGAUAGACUAUGACAAGUUACAGGAGAAUGCCAAGUUGUUCAAGCCCAAAAUGAUAAUUGCAGGUGUCAGCUGCUACUCCAGAAAUUUGGACUAUCAAAGAUUCCGCCAAAUAGCAGAUGAGAAUGAUUCCUAUCUCCUGGCAGACAUGGCUCACAUCAGUGGUUUGGUUGCUGCUGGAGUAGUGCCCAGUCCAUUUGCAUUCUGCGACAUUGUCACAACAACAACGCACAAGUCACUCCGUGGUCCCAGGGCUGGGUUGAUCUUCUUUAGAAAAGGUGUUAGAAGAGUGGACAAGAAUGGGCAGAAUGUCAUGUAUGAUAUUGAGAAGAAGAUCAAUGAUGCAGUGUUCCCUGGACUACAGGGUGGACCACACAAUCACGCCAUUGCUGCUGUUGCUGUUGCCUUAAAGCAAGCUGCACUGCCAGAAUUUAAGAUUUACCAACAACAGGUUAUAAAGAAUUGUCAGGCCAUGUGUAAGCACUUUAUCAACAGAGGAUACCAUGUUGUUUCAGGUGGAACUGACAAUCACUUGAUACUGCUUGACCUCCGUCCUAAUAAGACCACUGGCUCCCGUGCAGAGAAGGUGCUGGAAGAGAUCAGUAUUGCUGUUAAUAAGAAUACCUGCCCAGGUGACAAGAGUGCUUUAAACCCUAGUGGACUGAGGCUGGGGACGCCUGCACUCACAUCAAGGAACCUGAAAGAAACAGAUUUUGAGAAAGUUGCCGAGUUCAUUCAUUUGGGCAUUCAGCUGACCACAGAGAUCCAGUCUCAAUGUGGCCCAACUCUGAGAGAGUUCAAGGCCAAGCUUGCUGAAGACCCGGCUGUGCAUGAGAAGAUCAAAGCUCUACGUGAGCAAGUGGAAGCCUUUGCUCUUACCUUCCCUAUGCCUGGACAUGAUGAUUUAUAACAUGUAUGCCAUUCAAAGAAAUUGGAAACAUAACAGUUGUGAUUGAAGCAACUUUUGCUAAAACCAUCCAGUUCCUGUAUAUGAAAAGCUGUGAUUAGCUAAGCAGCAGGCUCAUGAUAUUGCAAUAAGGUUCUGAAAUAAUUAUGUGACAUGCAGCUUUAAUGGAAGUCAAAUUUAGCAUCCCCUGCAGGUUAAAUUUUAACUCCACUGCCAGGGUGUAUUUUGUGAAUUUUGAAUGAAUUGUAAAAUUACAUUUGUAAUUCAAUAGACUGCUUUUAUAUAAUGAUAAGGUCACUUACAUUGUACAAUUUGAUCAGGUAUUUUCCUGCAUUACUUUGUGAAACGCACAGGAAAAUAAGACUUAUCGCAUUGCACUGUCACAAACUAGGGGGCUUGUCAAAAUAUUUUUGCCCCAAUAGAUCGUCAAUUUGACCCCAAAUCAAAUUAUCAAUGUAAUUAGUUCCUCAGUAAUGCACAACUUGAAUCUAUACUUUGGGAAUAUUCCAACUAUAGGUUUUUCCAAAGUUAAUCACUCAAAUAAUAUAUGUUAUUUGAUAUCCAUUUUCAGUAUAUGAUAAGACUUAGAAAUCUAUUGGUAUAAAAGAAAAAGGUAUUAAUCCUCAAGAGGUUCUAUUGACAUGUAGCUACAUAUUGUAUUGAUUUUCUUAUCUACCCAAUGUAAAGGACUUAAAAUUGGUGUUUGUGGGAUUUUGCUUAUCAUAGGUAACAUUCCUGUAUUAUGUGACUUAGCUAUAUGAAACAUUGUAUAACACAUCCAUAGGCUUCCAUGCAAUUAUUGCACAUAUUUAUAGCCACUUUUUUUAUGGUGUGUCCAUUAUUUUAUUUGCAGUGGGAUGAAUUGACAAAGACUGUUGGGUAGCCACGGUAUAUGGCAAAUCCUGUAUCUUCAGGAUAGAUUUUGUUUUGUUAAAUGUAGAUUGACGAAUUUAUAUUCAAUAUCAAACUGAGUUUAUUGUUACUGUAUCAAGAUAACAUCUAUUUCCUUGCACUUUAUUAAAUGAAAAGAACUUGUUAUUUAAGAUUUUUAUCAUUGUUAUGAAAGAAAUCACUGGUCCCUGUGAUAAAAAAAAUCAAGAAUUCAGGACAAAAAAAUCAAUAAUGAUUGCUUUAGUUUUACCCAUAGGUAGUACAUGUACAAUGUAGUUUGAUCCUGUAAGGAAAGUAUGAUUCUUUCUUUUAUAUUCAGUUUGUGUCAUCAGCAUUAAGAUAUGGUUCAUAUGAAUAGUACUGCAUAUUGGAGAAAAACAUUUUAUUUAUGUUAUAUACUUCAUAAUUUGAGUUUUUGUUUGUGAACGGGAUACAAUUAAUUCUCUUGCGUAGUAAACUUUCCCUUUAAAGAAUAUGGUACAAUCAGCAUGUCUUUUGCAUUUUAAACUAAUCUGACAACAAUAACUUGGAAUGGUACUAGUACAAAUAUCUGUAUUUUUCACUUGUUUACAAUCACAAUUACAAAAGUACCUCAGUACUGGAUGUACAUUUAAGUAUGGACAAAUGAUAUUAUCAUUGUAAUAUCAUUGUUCAAUAUUUUAAAUGGAAUAUUGUCAAAGUAACUAAAAUAAAUGCAAUCAGUGAUGUUUAA